AUGCCACAUUCGUCCCAAAAGUCCAACGGAAUGGCGCCUCAAGUGAACGGAGAGACUCCUUCAUCUGCCUUCCUCAGUCACCUCACAUCCUACCCUCUGAUUCAUGACUCGAUCUCCACCUUUAAAUCCAACCCAUAUGGCCAAAGAUCCAUCGACCUAACCGCAACUUCAUACGAGAAGUUCGGCAAACCAUUCAUUCCAUACCUUCAGAAGCCCUACCAAUACGUCUCGCCCUACGUUGCGAAAGUCGACGAACUCGGCGACUCUACUCUAUCGACCAUCGAGUUCAAAUUCCCCGCCGUCAAGAAACCCACUGGCGAGCUCUACAGUGAUGGAAAAUACUUUGUGUUCUACCCAAUAACAAAGGGUAGCGAGGGAAAGGAAUACGUGUUGGGAAAAUACAACAGUGAGGUGAACAAGACAGAAGAUCAGGGCAUUUUUGGUUACGGAAAGGCGGUUGUUAGCACGGGAUUGAUCGUGUCAAGUGAGGCCUUUCAAUGGCUGAGCAAAUUUCUAUCAGCCAAGAAGGCAGAGGCCAAGGAGACAGCGAACGAGAAACUGAACAACUAG